GGUUUGCUCUAAAUACCCAACAAUAUUAUCAGGAAAUGAAGAGGGCGGUGGUUGAGAAAAGAGCAGCAUCGGGCUAGCAGAAGUUUCGGGUUGUUGUCAGGUUAACAAGAAAACAGUCAACAUGUCUAGCAAAAGAGCAAAGGGAAAGACCACAAAGAAGCGCCCUCAGCGCGCGACUUCCAAUGUCUUCGCCAUGUUUGACCAGUCUCAGAUUCAGGAGUUCAAGGAGGCUUUCAACAUGAUCGACCAGAACCGUGAUGGGUUUGUGGACAAAGAGGACCUCCACGACAUGCUGGCAUCACUGGGGAAAAAUCCAACUGAUGAGUACCUGGAGGCCAUGAUGAUGGAAGCUCCUGGACCCAUUAACUUCACCAUGUUCCUCACCAUGUUUGGGGAGAAGCUCAAUGGCACAGACCCUGAGGAUGUGAUCCGAAAUGCCUUUGCUUGUUUCGAUGAGGAGGGAGCAGGUUCCAUCUCGGAAGAUUACCUCAGAGAUCUGCUCACAACAAUGGGUGACCGAUUUACAGAUGAGGAAGUGGACGAGCUCUUCAGGGAGGCCCCCAUCGACAAGAAGAGCAACUUCAACUACGUGGAGUUCACACGCAUCCUAAAGCACGGCGCCAAGGAUAAGGACGAUUAAAGAGCCAUACCAGCAGAUUCCUUUUCACCCUUUUUGCCUCUUUCUUCAGCUAGAUCACCGUGCUGCAUGUCUCAACUCUCCAGUGUAAACCCCAUUUACCACCAAAGCAAUAAAUAUCUAAUCUUGUUUGUUGUGAACUUCCAGUUUUGCCAAAUGUACACAUCUCCAAUGAGAAGAUAAAUCUAAGAGGCUGUAAAAUGUUUUUCCUGUCAUGUUAAGAUGUGAAGUGGCAGCGCCUUGGAAGCUCUAAGGGAAAUGUCUUUGCAGUUCAUAUGAUCAGGUUUAGAUAAAUUUUUACAUUUUAUAAUAUGAACUUUAUAAAUAAAGCCCUCUAUCAAGUUGUAUUAUGCCUUCUGUUCUCCUUCUAUAAAUGACAACUGAAUGACAUAUUGCAUUAUUCUGUCUUUAUUUUUCCUGUGGCAUAAUUAAAAUGCCUUUCAAGUCUU